CAAAAAUGCAUUCUGGAAAAAAGUGAAGGUUUCAAAAAGUGUUUUCCGCUCGUUGGGUCCAUCAGACCAUAACAUGCAUCAUAUCCAGUGUAGUUAAUUCAUCCCACCGUUUCUUCAUUCUCUCACUUCAUUCAUAUAUCAUAAUCAUCAUCAGUCUCUUCUCUUCUCUUGAGAUCUCGGUAAUAUAUAGUGCAUUCAAUAGGCAGCCCUUUUUACUCGAGCAGUCUUAAAAACCUCAUUGGCUCUCCUUUUUCAACUCACAUUCCUCCACUCUCCUUUUGUCCGUUUGUGAAUAUUCAUUCACUCAGAAACAAGCUCUUUCUUUUCCUUUCCUUGUUUGCAUAAUUUGCAUUUGUAAUAUCAGAAGUACUACUCUCAGGCCUUCAUAAAUCACAACGACUAUCCCACUGGCAUUUUCGUCCAAUUAAGUAGGUUAAUUAAGGAAGAGGAGGAAGAAAUGGAGCCAAGACAGAGUGAAGAGGCAAUAGUUGUGCCUCAUAUAAUCAGGGGAACUCUUCAUGAAGAGCUUGAGGAUCAAAGAGAUGAUGGGGAUUUUAUUAACCAAGAACCAAAACUUAAUCUCAAAAGCUUUCUUUGGCAUGGAGGAUCUGUUUAUGAUGCUUGGUUCAGCUGUGCUUCAAACCAGGUUGCCCAGGUUCUUUUAACUUUGCCGUAUUCAUUUUCCCAAAUGGGAAUGCUCUCAGGAGUGAUUCUGCAGAUCUUUUAUGGUGUUCUGGGAAGUUGGACUGCUUACCUGAUCUCUGUACUCUAUGUGGAGUACAGAACCAGAAAAGAGAAGGAGAAUGUCAGCUUCAAGAACCAUGUUAUCCAGUGGUUUGAAGUGUUGGAUGGGUUGUUGGGGCCCAAAUGGAAAGCAGUGGGACUGGCAUUCAAUUGUACCUUCCUUCUAUUUGGUUCAGUCAUUCAGCUCAUAGCUUGUGCCAGCAAUAUAUACUACAUUAAUGACCGGUUGGACAAGAGAACGUGGACUUACAUCUUUGGGGCGUGCUGUGCAACCACUGUGUUUAUCCCAUCUUUUCACAACUAUAGGUUAUGGUCCUUCCUUGGAUUGGGCAUGACAACUUACACCGCAUGGUAUUUGACCAUUGGAGCUAUUCUUCAUGGACAGGUUGAAGGUGUUACUCAUAGUGGCCCUAGAAAGUUGGUACUUUAUUUUACAGGCGCGACCAACAUACUCUACACUUUCGGUGGGCAUGCGGUCACAGUGGAAAUCAUGCAUGCUAUGUGGAAACCUCAAAAGUUCAAGUACAUCUAUCUAUUUGCCACACUUUAUGUCUUCACCUUGACACUUCCAUCCGCCUCGGCCAUGUAUUGGGCAUUCGGGGAUCAACUUCUCAACUAUGCCAAUGCUUUUGCUCUCCUACCUCGAAACGGUUUCCGUGAUGCCGCCGUGAUUCUUAUGCUAAUACACCAGUUCAUAACAUUCGGAUUUGCGUGCACGCCAUUAUACUUUGUUUGGGAGAAAGUAAUAGGGAUGCACGAUACAAAGAGCAUGUGCUUAAGGGCACUUGCGAGGUUACCGGUGGUGAUACCAAUAUGGUUCUUGGCCAUAAUUUUCCCAUUCUUCGGCCCUAUCAACUCUGCAGUAGGGGCACUUCUAGUUAGCUUCACUGUCUACAUCAUCCCAGCCCUUGCUCAUAUGGUCACUUACAGAAAGGCGUCGGCCCGGCAGAACGCGGCAGAGAAACCACCCUUCUUUCUUCCAAGCUGGACGGCGGUGUACGCGCUGAACACAUUUGUUGUUGUAUGGGUCUUUGUAGUCGGGUUCGGGUUCGGAGGAUGGGCAAGCAUGAGCAACUUCAUCAGGCAAGUCGACACCUUUGGCCUCUUCGCCAAGUGCUACCAGUGCAAGCACAAUCCUCCAGUGACGAAACAUCAUACAUAAAAUACUUUUAUAAUAGACAUUAUUAUAACGUAAUUUCAUUGCAUGUUUUUCUUACUCUAUUGUUGUUGUAGGGGUUAUUUCCCAUCUUGUGUGCUGCCUUUUAGUUUACGUAUUUGUGUUUAGCGUGUACAAAAUUUUUAAGUAGAGUGAUUGGGUUGAAUUUGAUUUCUUGGGGUCAAAUAGCUGUUAAACCUGGAAUGAUCUGAACAAAUUGGCUAAUGCCAUGCAUAAUUAUAUGACAUAAUUUCUUCCUUUUGGGCCCAUAUUAUCAUUCAACUUUGAGAAUAGUCACAUAAGGUCAUGUACUCAAUAAAGUGUUAUAUAAGUACCUCUACCUUUGAAAAACAAUCAAA